AUAAAGUUUUACAGUGUCACAGAGCUCCUGCUUCUAUCAACUAAAUUGUAUAUAAAAUACAAGCCCUUGUUAUGCUAACUCUCAGUCAACUGAUCUCCCCCCAUAACUUCAAGCAUGAUCAACACCUCCACCGCUUCUGGUGACACCCUAAUAGAUAUCCAUUCCUCUGGUCGACAUGUAACUUUUCCCGACGAAAACAAUCAGUCCAACCAGCUGCGGGCUAGUGUACCCUUGUUACUUCAACCAUCAUAUGCUAGAUCAAAAUCAUUACUCUUCGAUGAGCUACGUAAUUUUCGAAUAAGCCUUAAAUGGUGUGCACUUGAUCAUUCCACCUGCAUAGGAAAAUUUGUGUCCUGCUUCAUCUUCGUAUUCCUUGCCAUUAUUCUCCCUAUUGUAAGCUCCCUUUCCAUUAGAGUCCCAUCCUCGGCACCAGCUAAUGACCCCAUUUCUUACAACAAGCUGGUGCAGCUUCCUGAGUCUGUCUUGGCUUUAAUAUCUUUCUUUAGUCUUUUCCGUUUCUUCAAAAGGUACGGUCUGCGCCAACUCUUGUUCCUGGAUGACUUACAAGAGGACUCAUUGUUCAUUCGACGUGGAUACUCCCGCGAGCUCGAUAAGGCUUUUCGGUACCUAGCCUGCAUACUGUUACCAUCUUUCUUUGUCGAAGUUGCACACAAAAUCAUAUUCUUCUCCACAGUCAAAAUAUGGUUACCGUGUAAUGUUUUUCCUGGCAAUAUUCCAUUGAACUCCAUCAUGUUUGUGUUGGUGUUGGCAUCAUGGGUUUAUAGGACAGGAGUGUUCUUGUUGGUUUGUGUCCUGUUUCGGUUGACUUGUGAGCUCCAGAUACUUAGAUUUGAAGGGCUUCACAAGUUGUUUGAUGGUUGUGAAUCGGAUGCAGGUGUCAUAUUUAGGGAGCAUGUCAGGAUUAAGAAACAAUUGUCCUUUACAAGCCACAGAUAUCGGUUCUUUAUCAUAUCCUGUUUGGUUACAAUUACAGUUAGUCAAUUCGGAUCAUUGUUGCUGGUUUUGGGAUUCAACAAUGAGAAAAAUUUCUUCAAUUCCGGAGACCUUGUGAUUUGUUCAGCAGUUCAACUAUGUGGAUUCUUCUUAUGUUUGCUAGGAGCUGCUAGAAUCACACAUAGAGCUCAAGGUAUUGUGUCAAUGGCAACUAGAUGGCAUAUGAUUGUUGCAUCAGCAUCUGCAUCUGCCAGGAUAGACCAGGGGAAAAGCCACGUGCCAGAAGCUGAUGGGACUCUAGCAUCCAAUACCGAAGACAGCGAGUCUGAUUCUUCAGAUAAUUUCAUUGCAAUUUCCUCACAGGAUCCAUGUUCUUUCCAAACCAGGCAAGCUUUAGUGGCAUAUUUGCAACACAACAAUGGGGGGAUCACGCUGUUUGGAUUUGCACUUGAUCGAGGAUUGCUUCAUACUCUCUUCGCUUUUGAGUUCUCUUUGGUGCUAUGGAUUCUGAGUAAAGUGGUGGUUUUAUCUUAAUAGUUUUCCCUAGUACUUUUAAGUCCACCAAUGCCUAAGAUGUGAAAAAUGUAAGGCAUUAUUCUGAAGUUGUAACUUGGCUGUUUAUUAAGGAAUAAUAAGAUCCCUCUUUCGUUCA